UGCACACACGGAUGACAUCCAACUCGGGAUGAAGCCAAAUAAUAAACUUUGGUUGCUGCAGCAGCAGACAGGUUCCAGGUAGGAAGUGGCACAUUGGGUCUACUGAUUCGGAUGAUACCCGCCCACCUUGAGAUCUGGACCAAUGAGUGGCUCUUCAGUACCUUUGUGAGACAUUGAGCACUUUAAGAAAGGCUUUUAAUUUGGCUGACACACCGUAGAAGUAAGUUAAUGAGAGAAGCAGGGCUGGAUUUUAACUUUCACAUUUUAUGCUUUGAAGGCCUAUGUGUUUUUAUUCAUUCAACUAUGGACCGACCGAGUCUUCGGAGACUAUUUUCUGCUUGUGAUGUGGACAAGUCCGGCAAGAUUGAGUACGAGGACUUCACCGCUGUCUGCCGGGAGCUCAACGUCCCUGAAACUGAGAUCAAAACUCUAUUCGACAAGUUCGACGCAGACGAAGACGGAUACAUUGACUACAGCAAGUUUUCGUCCAGAUUUCAGGAUGUUUCAGAGACUCUGGACCUGGCGUCUUUCGGCGCUGGGCCGUCCCAAAACCAAGGCUGUCCGUGGGAAGAGUUUGUGGGAAGGGUAGAUGCGGAGUCUCUCCUCUCUGAAAGUCUCAGGGAGCAGCUGGCUGAUUUUUACCAGGCCAUUCACUCCUCUACAAACAUGACUCUGCUGCCGCAGUAUGAGGAAAUCAUCCACUCUCUGAUCAGUCAAAGCCUGGAAAGCAGACUAGAGUGUGAACAGCUGGAGACCAGUUUAAAGCGAGCUGAGGAGAUGAACAACAGUCAGCUGACAGAACUCGAGGACGAUAUACAGCAUCAAGUAGCCAGAACAGAGGAGAGAGUGAGAGACGAGGAGCGAAAGAAAACUGAGGGAAUUUUGGCGACCAUGCAGAGGAAGCAUGAGAACGAGGUCACAGAUCUGCAUGCAACUGUGGACAGACUGUUAAAGAGCCAAAAGGACUCUGAAUUCAACCAGUCAAAGGAGGAGGUGGUCCGACUGAACAGACAAAUCAGUGAUCUCUCACAGGAAAAUGAGCAGCUGCAGGCCUCUCUGCUCAAAGCCCAGACAAACAUCGCCAUCCUGCACUCGGAGCUGGACAAGCUGAAAAACAUGUAUGCAGAUCAGAAAGCUCAACACCAAAGAGAAACAGAUGAUUUGAGGAGGAUGGUUGUGGAAUACCAGUCAUAUUCCAAUCAGAUUCAGGUUCUCCAGGAAACAAACAAAAAGCUGUAUGACAGUAAUGACGGGCUGCGCUCUGCGUUGGCCUGUGAAGCUGUUGCAGCUAAAAGGAGGCUGUCUCCCCAAAAUGAAAUCCCAGCCCGGCGGAUGAAACCCCUCCGACAGAGCACACUCAACCAUGGCAGCUCGGAGCCCGAUUCCAGCAAAACGACCUACUCUCAUGUGGCCACCUGGGCCGAUAGGUACCUGGAUAGUGGAGUCUCCCUGCCGAUGGACACAGCCGAGAGCGCAGGCAGCGAUUAUGACAGCGAUGACAGUAGGAGCUCGCCGGAAACUGUGCACCACAGUUACUCAUAUGUCCCAUCUGAUGUGGAGAUAUCAGAAGUGAAAUCUGAAGCUGCAAUGUCAGUGGCUCCUAGCAAGGCGAGCUCCAUUGCAUCAUCCCUACGAAGACGUUUGUCUGCAUUUUCCACAAAGCCUUUAGAAGCCGACAUAGCAGAAACUGAGGAACCUGCUCCGAUGUGCCGUCUGGUUUUAGCUGGAGACGCAGGAGCCGGAAAGUCCAGCUUCCUGCUGAGACUAACGCUCAACGAGUUUAGAGGAGACAUUCAGACGACGCUGGGAGUUGAUUUCCAAAUAAAGAGGAUGCUAGUGGAUGGAGAGAAGACGAGCCUGCAGAUAUGGGACACAGCUGGACAGGAGAGGUUUCGUAGUAUUGCCAGGUCCUAUUUCCGUAAAGCUCAUGGAGUCCUGCUCCUCUACGAUGUUACAUCAGAAAGCAGCUUCCUUAACGUCAGAGCAUGGAUUGAUCAGAUUCAGGAUUCAACGGAAGAGAAAAUCCCCAUGUGUGUUAUUGGAAACAAAGUGGACCUCCGCGAGCAGCUUCCACAGGGAAGCUGUGUGAGCAGUUUGCACGGAGAGAAGUUGGCCAAGGCAUACGACGCCUUGUUCUGUGAAACGAGUGCCAAAGAGGGAACCAACGUCGUCGAGGCUGUGCUUCAUCUAGCGAGAGAAGUAAAGAAAAAUGUCAAACUGAGGCGGCAGUCAGGUUCUCAGGUCAGACUGAGUUCAUCCAACCCAAAGAAGACUCUUAACGCCUGCUGUGGACUGUAGGUGACUGAUGUCAGUAGAUACGAUGGAGCAAUGAAGGACACCAAGUGAUUUUUAUUUUGUGAUGAAGAACAAAAUUUUUCAUGCAAGAACAUUUUCUUACAUAUUUUAACCUUUUGAAAUAUUGAACUCUCAAGCCUUAAAUAUAUUUUUGUAAUUGUUAAUUCUCUGAUCAAAAUGAUGAUUUUUAUUGUUGGAAAAUUGCACAAAUAUAAAUGCAGGUAAUGUAAUCAUGUAUAUAUUUUUCUUAGAUUUUGUAUUUAUUUGGUAGUAAAGUAAAUAAAUAAGGAUUGAUGCCUCAAUAGAGAUUAAAUAAUUAAAUAGAAGUUGGAAAUAGUUUUGCCAGACAGAAAAAAAAAAUCUUUUUUUUUAUACUUUUUGAGAACAAACUUCUGACAAAGUAAAUUUUUUUGAAACAUUUUUAUUAAGCAUCAGUGUAAGCAAUAUUACAUUUCACUUUCAGCACCUUCAAUUAUUGGAGCACUGAUCAAAUAUUUCUCAUGCUGAAAGUGUUAUUUGUUUACUAACGUUUUGUAGUUUGGUUACAGUCUUAACAAAACUUCCAGGACACUAUUUUUUUUUUUUCUUUUUUUUUUUUUUUUUGGAUAUCUGUGAUACCAUAAUAUUUUCCAGGACCCUUUUUUAUGACAAACAUAAAUUGUAAUCCCUUUUCCAAAUAAAACAGACAUAACUGGAAA